GAUCAGGCAUAGAGGAGGCUCUGAAACAGUCUCAGUACUAGAUAAAUCAUUCUCAAUUGCUCCUUUUUUGGAUGCUCAAGUACCUUUCAAGAUUGGAACUUUAUAGUAAUUCUAUAUAGUAGUUGAAGAAUUUAUAUUAGCUGUAAAUAUAUUAUUGAAUAAAUCUCACCAAAGCAUUCCAAGAAAAAUUAUAAAUAGAAAAAGACAAAAAGAUGGAAAUUUGAAUUAUAGUCUGAAGCAACUAUUGGGUGGGGAAUUUUUUUAAAAUACUAUAAAUUUACCUCAAACUCAUAUGUUUGAUAGAAAAAGAAAGCUUUCUUUUUGACCUCCAAUGCAAACCCAUGGCGGCAUUGACAACAUACCCACCAUCUCCCGCCAAACCCAUAACGGCCAUAACUACCAUCUCUGAAUUUCCUCGGAACCCUAAAACCCUAAUUCUUCAACAAAGCAGGAACGCCAGGGACCUCAACCAAAUCCAUGCCCACCUCAUCAAAACCCGCCUUGUACACAGCCCUGCUGUGAUGGAAAACCUACUCGAAUCCGCUGUCAUACUUCUUCCCAACACCAUGGGCUAUGCCAACUCCAUUUUUCGCCAUAUCGACGAGCCCGAUUCGUCGGCUUACAACGUCAUGAUCAGAGGUCUCAUAUAUAAGAAGUCUGAUCACGACGCCAUUGUUCUAUUCAAGAAAAUGAGAGAAAACUCAGUCCGGCCCGACGAGUUCACGUUUCCUAGCAUUUUGAAAGCUUGCUCUAGAUUAGGAGCAUUACAUGAAGGUGAACAGAUUCAUGCCCAGAUAAUGAAAUGUGGGUUCAGCUCGAAUGGUUUUAUCCAGAACACAUUGAUCCAUAUGUAUGCGCGUUGUGGUGAGCUAGAGGUUGCUCGGCAUGUGUUUGAUGGAAUUUCACAGAAGGAUGUUUGCACUUGGAAUUCGAUGUUAGCGGGGUACGCCAAGAAUGAGAAUUGGGAAGAAGUUGUGAAGCUAUUUCGGGAAAUGAAGAAAUCGGGAACUGGGUUUGACGAGGUCACCAUGAUCAGUGUUUUGACAGCUUGUGGGAGGCUGUCUGACUUAGAGUUAGGACAAUGGAUCAGUGAGUAUAUAGAGGCAAAUGGGCUAAAGGGUAACCUUGCUCUGAUCACUUCUCUAAUAGACAUGUAUGCAAAAUGUGGUCAGGUCGAUACUGCUAGAGGAUUGUUCAACCAAAUGGAUCAAAGAGAUGUCAUUGCUUGGAGUGCUAUGAUAUCUGGUUAUAGCCAAGCCAAUAGAUGUAGAGAGGCACUUGACCUGUUCCAUGAAAUGCAGAAGACCAAUGUGGAACCCAAUGAGGUUACCAUGGUUAGUGUGCUCUAUUCCUGUUCUGUUCUCGGAGCUUUAGAAACCGGUAAAUGGGUCCAUUUCUAUAUAAAGAAGAAGAAGAUGAAGUUGACUGUUACGCUUGGGACUGCUCUAGUUGACUUCUAUGCAAAAUGUGGGUCGAUAGACGGUUCGAUUGAAGUAUUUAAUAAAAUGCCUUUGACAAAUGUCUUUUCUUGGACAGCACUGAUUCAUGGUCUUGCCUGUAAUGGACAAGGAAAAAUGGCUCUUGAAUACUUCCAAGAAAUGCGGGAGAAGAACAUCCAUCCUAAUGAUGUGACUUUCAUUGGCGUUCUUUCUGCUUGUAGUCAUGCAGGUCUGGUCAAUGAGGGUCGAAAGAUCUUCAACAGCAUGAGCAGAGAUUUCAGUAUCGAACCAAGGAUCGAGCACUAUGGUUGUAUGGUUGAUAUCUUGGGUCGAGCUGGGUUGAUAGAGGAGGCAUAUGAGUUCAUAAUGAACAUGCCUACGCAACCCAAUUCUGUGGUUUGGAGAACAUUGUUGGCUUCAUGCAGGGCACACAAAAAUGUCAAAAUUGGUGUAGAAUCAUUCAAGCAAAUAAUCAUGUCCGAGCCUGCUCAUAGUGGAGAUUACAUUCUUCUAUCAAAUAUAUAUGCAUCGGGUGGUAGGCUUGAGGAUGCAUUAAGGGUGAGGAACCAAAUGAAAGAGAAAGGAAUUCGAAAGGCUCCUGGAUGUAGCCUGAUUGAGUUGGAUGGUGAAAUAUAUGAGUUUUUUGCAGAAGACAAUAUUUGUCCAUACUCAAAGGAGGUUUACAGUGCAACUGAAGACAUGAUGAGACAGAUCAAGUCAGCUGGAUACGUGGCCAAUGUUGCAGAUGCAAGACUAGAUGCAGAGGAAGAUGAUAAGGAAGCUUCAGUUUCUCACCACAGCGAGAAGCUGGCCAUUGCUUUUGGUCUUAUUAGAACACCUCCUGGAACUACAAUUAGAAUAUCUAAGAAUUUGAGAGUCUGCACGGAUUGCCACAAUGCAACAAAAAUUAUAUCAAAGGUGUUCAAGAGAGAAAUUGUUGUUAGGGAUCGGAACCGGUUUCAUCAUUUCAAAGAAGGCUCAUGUUCCUGCAAUGACUACUGGUAGAACUGUAGGCUACAUAUGCGUAUUGUACAGCCACAUGGUUGGUUGUUUGCACAUUUUUUUGUUUCAAUUGGAGAGUAUUUUGGUUUCUUAUCAAUGUCCUAAUAGUGCAAUAACAAUUCCAAUAACUCAUUCAGAUAUUAAAAGCAUUAGGAUCAAAUCCCUCAUUUCACGCAA